AUGUUCCUCUCAAGUACUGUUACACUCAUCUCACUGGUACCUUUCAUCGAAAGCCUAGCAGAGGGACAAACGCCAGACCCAGCCGCAAUGGAAGCCACUCAAGAUAUCCAGACCGAUUCACUAGCCAUCGAUACACCGCCAUCUGCAGAGACAAUCAAAAAAAUCAGCGAAUACCCAAGCUGUCGCGAAUUCAUCUGCGCCCUCUCCAAAAUUAAACCCACUGACCUACAAAAACUUCCGAUCCCCACUUCCAUCGUUAUAAUCGGUCAAGGAGAUCCCGGUCUUAUAGACUCCUACACCGCACAGACGCAAUGUCCAUUCCCAAUCUACACCGACCCGUCCGCGAACCUUUACACUGAGCUCGGUAUGGUGAGGAAUAUAGCUAUGGGUGCGCGCCCGGAGUACUUCCGCAAGAGCAUGGUGCGUGUCGUGGCGGAAUCGGUUGUGAAUAUGGUUAAGCAUCUUGGAACUGGGCUUGUGACGAAGGGGGGUGCCAAGAGCUUGAAUGGUGCGGAGUUUCUAUUUGAGACGGGGGAGGAUGGGGUAAGGGUUACUUGGUGUCAUCGAAUGACGGAUUCGAGGAAUCAUACUGGGAUGACGGGGUUGCGAAAGGUUCUUGAUCCGGAGGGUUUGAUUUUAGGGGAGAAGGCUUAA